GUUUCGAUUGACUAUGGCUGCUGAAGAUUCUACUAAAGAAGCUGCUCCUAUUGAACUGACACCUGAACAAUUGGCAGCUGCAGCUGCAAAGAAAGCCAAGAAUGAAGCCAAAAAUGAAGAAAAACGUCAAGCUAAAUUGGCUAAAUUAGCAGCAAAACAAGCCAAGCUCGAAGAACAAAAGAAGAAGGCUCAAGCUAAUGAAAAUUCCGAAAAGAAGAAGAAAAAGGCUAACAAGACUGAAACUCCUGUCUAUGUGAACAAAACACCUAAGGGUGAAAAGAAAGAUAUGAGUGAACCUAUGGCUAAUGCAUAUGAUCCUCGUGCAGUUGAAUCAGCUUGGUAUGACUGGUGGAUCAAGGAAGAAUUCUUCAAACCUCAAUUAACUGAAGAUGGUGAAAUCAAACCCGAAGGAUCAUUUAUUGUGCCUGCACCUCCUCCAAAUGUAACUGGUUCUCUUCAUAUUGGACAUGCUUUGACAGUGGCUAUUCAAGAUACUUUGGUACGUUGGAACCGUAUGUUGGGUAAGACUGUACUUUUCAACCCUGGUACAGAUCAUGCUGGUAUUUCUUGUCAAUCCGUGGUGGAAAAGAAAUUAUGGCAAGAAUCCAAGAUUACUCGUCAUGAUUUGGGUCGUGAAGCUUUUGUUGAAAAGGUGUGGGAAUGGAAGGAAAAAUAUGGUAAUCGUAUCUAUGAACAAUUUCAUCGUUUGGGUGCCUCUUAUGAUUGGGAUAGAGCUGCUUUUACUAUGGAUCCUAAAUUAUCAAAAGCUGUUCGUGAAACUUUUGUCCGUCUUCAUCGUGAAGGAACUAUUUAUCGUGCCAACCGUCUUGUGAAUUGGUGUGUUCGUCUCAAUACUGCUUUGUCCAAUUUAGAAGUAGAAAACAAGGAAAUUACUGGUCGUACUUUGAUGAAUGUUAUUGGUUAUGAUGAAAAGGAAAAGUUUGAAUUUGGUGUUUUGAAUGAAUUUGCUUAUCAAGUGGAAGGAAGUGAUGAACGUAUUGUCGUCGCUACUACUCGUAUUGAAACUAUGCUCGGUGAUACUGCUGUUGCUGUCCACCCCAAUGAUGAACGAUAUAAGCAUCUUCAUGGCAAAUUUGUGAUUCAUCCCUUCUUGGAUCGCCGUAUUCCUAUUGUGACUGAUGAUAUUGCUGUUGAUAUGGCCUUUGGUACUGGUGCUGUCAAGAUUACUCCUGCUCAUGACUUUAACGAUUAUGAAGUUGGUAAACGACAUAAUUUGGAAUUCAUCAAUCUUAUGAAUGAUGAUGGUACUUACAAUGAAAAUGCUGGUCCUUACAGUGGUAUGAAACGAUUCCAUGUGCGUACCAAGAUCAUUGAAGAUUUGAAAGCCAAAGGUUUGUUUGUGGAUGUCAAGGAAAAUCCAAUGACCGUGCCUGUAUGUAGCAAGUCUGGUGAUGUGAUUGAACCUAUUAUGAAACCUCAAUGGUGGGUGAAUUGCAAACCUAUGGCCGAAGCUGCCUGUCAAGCUGUACGUGAUGGUAAACUCAAGAUUGCUCCCAAGGUUUCUGAAGGUGAUUGGUUCCGUUGGUUAGAAAAUAUUCAAGAUUGGUGUAUCUCUCGUCAACUCUGGUGGGGUCAUCGUGUCCCUGUUUAUUAUGUUUUGAUGGAUGAUGUUACUCCUGAUUAUUCUGAUAAUACGUAUUGGGUUAGUGGUCAAGACGAAGCUGAUGCUCGUGCUGAAGCUGAACGCAAAUUCCCUGGAAAGUCAUUCACUUUGGAACAAGAUCCUGAUGUUUUAGAUACUUGGUUCUCCUCUGGUUUAUGGCCUUUCUCUCUUAUGGGCUGGCCUGAUAAGACUGAAGAUAUGAUGAAAUUCUAUCCUUCUUCUUUACUUGAAACUGGUUGGGAUAUUCUCUUCUUCUGGGUCGCUCGUAUGGUGAUGUUUGGUAUUAAAUUGACUGGUCAAGUUCCCUUCACUGAAGUCUUUUGUCAUGCUAUGAUCCGUGAUGCUCAUGGUCGUAAAAUGUCAAAAUCACUUGGUAAUGUCAUUGAUCCUGUUGAUGUGAUUGAAGGUAUUUCUUUGGAAGGUUUACAUAAUCGUCUUUUGGAAGGAAAUCUUGAUGCAAAGGAAAUUGCCAGAGCUAAGAGUGGACAGAAAGCGGAUUUCCCCAAGGGUAUUCCUGAAUGUGGUACGGAUGCUCUUCGUUUCGCCCUUUGCUCUUAUACUACUGGUGGUCGUGAUAUCAACUUGGAUAUCUUACGUGUGGAAGGUUACCGCAAGUUCUGUAACAAGAUUUGGAAUGCCACUCGUUUUGCUAUGAUGAAAUUGGGAUCAGAUUUCAAGCCUGUAGCCUCUGCAAAGCCUUCUGGUAACGAAUCUUUAGCGGAUAAAUGGAUCUUACACAAGUUGAAUAGAGCUGCUGUGGAAACCAACAAGGGAUUGACAGAACGCAACUUUUUGACUGCCACGAACGCUGUGUAUCAAUUCUGGCUAUAUGAAUUAUGUGAUGUAUAUAUUGAAGUGAUCAAGCCUCUCUGUGAUAUGGACACUACCAAUGAUGAAGUUGCUGCCAAACGCAAGAUCACUGCACAAAACACUUUGUAUACCUGUCUUGAAGCUGGUCUAAAAUUAUUACAUCCAUUCUCACCUUUUGUAACCGAAGAAUUGUUCCAACGUCUUGAACGUCGUCCUGGUGAUGCCACUAAAUCUAUCGUUUUGGCCAAGUAUCCUGUUAAUGAACCCACUUAUAUCAACGAACAAGCUGGCAAAGAAUUCGAUAUGGUAUUUGAAACAACAAAAACUAUCCGUAGUUUGGCUGUUCAACUCAAUAAGAAAAAGGAUGCCGUAGCAUAUGUACAUACCGCCAACAAGGAAUUGGUUGAUUUAUUCACUGCUGAAACUCCCUCCAUUUUGGCUCUUGCUCGUUCCAUCAAGAGUUUGUCCAUCUCUGACAAGACUGAUCCUCCUGCUGAUACUGAAGCUGCUCAAAUCAAUGGGGAUAUUGCUGUAUAUUUAUUGAAAUAGAUGAAUUAGUUACCUAAGUUAUAUAUAUAUUUUUUUUUUAUAUUUAUAUAUAUAUAUAUAUAUAUAAUAAAAAUCCGUUUUCUUUAUGAUACAAUAUC